AUGUAUGAUGAACUCGCAUGGUUAGGGCCGAAUGUGCAGUUUUGGGGCUGCAAGUUAUGCAACUUCAAGUGUAGUUGCUACAGGAUCAUCAUCAUCUGGGGACUCUUUACCUGGCUGAUAGGGGAGCAGUCUAGCUCUCUUCCCCCUCUGGAUAUCCCUCUUGCUGGUGUUAGCCUCCCACCUCCAUUACCUGAUUAUGUUGAAGCUACCAAGACAAAGAUAACAACUCUCCCAAAUGGUAUCAUAAUUGCCUCAGAAAUAUCACCAAGUCCCACAGCCUCCAUAGGGUUAUAUGUGGACUGUGGUUCCAUCUAUGAGACCCCCCUGUCUACUGGGGCCACACAUUUGCUGGAAUGGAUGGCUUUUAAGAGCACAAAGAACCGGAGCCACUUGCGCAUUGUGAGAGAAGUAGAAGCUAUUGGAGGGCAUGUCAUGGCCUCAGCCGAUUGGGACUAG